AUGAUUCAAUAUUUUAGUCAACGUUUCGUACGUGAUCGAUCACAAAAUGUGUACUGGAUUUGGGGCAGCUCUAGGUAUAAAAUAAACGUUGAGGACCUAAAUUUCGUUGACAGAGAAAGGAGCAGAAGAGAAGACCCUCGGCCACCGCCCAUCGUCGUGCGGUUCGUCCGCCAGACGGUACGCGAUGAGAUCAUUCGGCUGCGCAAAUUAAAGAGAGAUUUCUCAACAGGGGGCAGCUCUAGGUAUAAAAUAAACGUUGAGGACCUAAAUUUCGUUGACAGAGAAAGGAGCAGAAGAGAAGACCCUCGGCCACCGCCCAUCGUCGUGCGGUUCGUCCGCCAGACGGUACGCGACGAGAUCAUACAAUACCUUCUUUCCUUGGAGAUAAGAGGUAUCACGGCUAAUCCGGGUGAAACGACAGAGGGCCUAGUUUGCUCCAUAGGGCUAGCUCUAGGUAUAAAAUUAAACAUUGAGGACCUAAAUUUCGUGGACAGAAAAAGGAGCAGAAGAGAAGACUCUCGGCCACUGCCCAUCGUCGUGCGGUUCGUCCGCCAGACGAGCUCUGCUCGCUCUCGGCUGCAGUAUGCUUUGGACAUUCUAAGCCCCGAUUCUCAUUCCACGGCCACUAUUUUCCUCUCUCUUCUUAUUCUCGAGCAUCUCUCAAGAUCUGGUGUAGGUGGGGACCCCCUCCCCCCGUAUCCGAAUGUUGCCAGCGGGUGCGAUACUACUCAGGUAACAGCCAUCAAAUUAAAUAUAGACUUCCAGAAAGGUGUCUUUAACAUAACUUAUUAUGGUUUGGCCCUUACUAGAUCUCAGAUGGAUCUCAUUAACAGUUGCGAUCCAAGUGACGUAAAAAGAUACCUUAAUGUAGUCGGUGAUCCAUUUGUAUUGUCGAUAUCGAGAGCGGCACGUCACAGUAAGAAGAUGGAGAUUGUUUCCACUAAAAAUAAACGUCGGAAUGGUUACGAAGUGGUCUUUCAAUACGGCUUUAAGACAUUUAGUGGAAAGAAGCCAGCCAGAAUCCGGGUGUCAACUCUGCUUAAAAUUUACGGCCUAAGGGAUAUUCCUACAAGAUCUGGAGACACAGAGGAAUUGCUUAUUCAAAUUGAUGUGAAGGAAAAGAAACACAGGCUGAGGAUUUCUUGGCCAGGUAAAUUUACUGGAUUGGGUUCAUCAUUUUCAGCCGUCAUUCAAUCUGAUGCCAUCAUAAUUCCGGUACAUGCCGAAUUACUUCAAGUUAGGCUUAAAGGAUUUAUUGCCUUAGAUACAUCAUCAACCAGUUCUUACCAGUAUAUUUUUAUCAACAGGAAGUUUGUUCAAUUCCAAUUUCCGUAUUCCCUCAUGAACCGAAUACUUUCCACAAUAUUCGGUAUUACCACAAUGGAAACCUUAGAAUACCUGGAUAGACAAUUUUUUAAAUAUGUAUUAUGUAUCGAAUGCCCAGCCACCUAUUGCAAGAUUCAUUACGGUCCCUUUAUUCCGGAAAUUAGAUUAAAAAAUCUGACACCAGUUGUUGCAUGCUUCAAUGUUUUGUAUAAAAACAUCGAAAUGAUGUAUAACCUCAAGAAAAUGUGCCGAUAUAACCGGCAGAGAUUAGGGCAGAAGUUCAAAAUGACAAUUAAAGACAGAUUGGAAGCAUACAGGUAUAAGCUGAUGUUAAUACUUGAUUAUUCAUGGGAACAGGAUUUUGAAUUUCUUAUUGAGCCCAUACAAUCCUUGAAAGACAAUCAGUGUUUCAAUAUUGAUGAUACCAGCAAAUAUUUACACCGGCUUUUGCUAACAGUAAGAACACAAUUUGGAGCUUUCCGGUUGACUAUAUUUGAUGAAUAUUUUGAAACGACCGAGGAAGCUUUACUACAAUAUAUAAGCAACACCCCUACCCUAGAAGUUACUACAGCUCUAUUAAGAACAAAUUGCGUAUCUGUACAUGAUUCAACAAUACUAGAGGUGGAGAACGGACUAAGCGAAAUGCACUUGGAGGAAUCACGUAAUACAGAUAGUGGAGGGGGUUUUUCAACGAAGGCGACUAUACCAACUUUAUACAGUGACAUUAGGACUAUUCCCAAGGAUUCAUUCCGACAUAUGAAAGUUGUUGGACAACUUGAUACAAAGUUUAUCAUUUGUGAAUUGAAGGAAGAGCAAGGACGAAAUGAAACCGGAUUCAUUAUAUUUGACCAGCAUGGAAUCGAUGAAAGGAUCCGUCUCGAAGAUUUUUCAAACAACUGUCAUUACGUAAAAAAAGGCGAAGACGGCGCAUAUCGCUAUAAAGGGAUGGGUUUCCACCAGCAACGUCGGCACGCACUAGCGCCAACUCGCACCGCGGUUCUUCACUGUUAA